AUGUUCAAAAAGCUCCAUUCUAUUUUUCAUCCCAAUUCCCACCGAAGGAAUUUGACGGACAAUAUCCCUUACUGUGAUGGCACGGGCUCUGCAGUGAGGUUGAUCCGUAGCACUUCUAUGUAUGUUCUGAGUGGUGAGCAGGAGACCAUCAGUGAACCACUGAAAAAAUGCAAGAGUACAACCAGCAUCGACUCCUGUGCUUACUUCCAGCCAAAAGAGGAAGACAGGGCCUGGAUGUAUUCCAARACUCAAGACUGCUUGAAGUACCUGCAGGAUCUGUUAGCCUUGAGGAAAAAAUAUCUUGACAGUAUCAAUAACUUAAAAUCCAUGCAUAUGGCUACAGACUCCCCAGCAUCCACAAAAUCAUCUAAAACUGGGAAAAAGACAUCCAUCAAGUCAYAACGGCAGGAGGGGAAUAAGCCUACACCUACAGAAAGAAAAGGCCCACAGACUGGUGCAGAUAUAAGAGAAGCAAUAGCGUUCUUCGACUCGGUUAUUGCAGACCUGGAUUCAGAGAGAUGGCGGAGAGCUCCUGACAUGGAUCUGCCAAAUGUGGAUGUUGAUUUUGAUGUUGCUACCAGCACAAGUGAACACAGUUUACAUUCAAACUGGAUCCUUCGUGCUCCCCGGAGAUACUCACAGGAUGCUGCCCAAGCAGCAAAGGCUGAAAACCCAUCUCAAGGAAACAGCCAGCGGAGAACCACUGGCUCYGGGAAGAGAUUGGAAAGACAUCCCAUGUAUUUACCCAAAGCUGUGGAAGGGGCAUAUAACACUUUAAAAUUCAAGCCCAAAACACGUAAGAAAGAUUUUUGA